AUGGCUCUUCCCGAUAAACAAACAUUGCCUAAAGGACGAGAUCCUAAAAGCGGAAAAGCCACAGAUUCUCGCCACAACGCCACCAAACAAAAGGAUCCUAUGCGGUCAUAUGCACAAAUCCUGAAGUCGGAUCAAACCAGGGACAUAUUUGAUCUGAAAUCUCGCAACUCUGGUGAAACUUUUAAGAUUACCUACACUGGUAUGAAGCCUACCUGUAGUCGCUGUCAUGUCACUGACUGUGUCUUUGGUAACUGUCCUGUUAUGAGCCAACGAGUGAAGCACUGUCAUAUCUGCAAUAGCCCCAAUCACUUGCAAGCCACAUAUCCGGAAACCUGGUGGAACCAACGCAAGAAGGCUGCCAAGUUGAACACAACCCACACAUCACCACAUCAGCCGAAGGCCACUGACAAGGAGGCAGCACCUGUAGUACCUACAUCUGCUAAGGUAGACGAGAGUGCUUCUGACAAGGCGAAGGUUACUAAACCCUUUAUUACAGAAAUCAUUCCAGCAUCUUCUCAAGAAGCAACCAGCACCAAUUCCAACAUCACGGAAUCCUCUUCCACUGCUGGAGAGACAGCACCCAUUCCAUCUGGUGAUGAGGAUGGAAAGGACGUCGCUGUCACUGGGGAGGAGCAGCUCACCAAGGAGGUUGAAGCGGGUGAAUCUGAACAAGAGCGUUCAAAGGUUAUUCAGGAGCAACAGGGCGACACUGCGGAAGAUGAUUUUAAUGAUGAGAUGGAUGGUGAUGACGACGUUGAUGAUAGCGAUAUCAACAUGGAGGAAGCGGCCAAGGAGGCGGCAAGCAGCUCUAUACCUCUGGAUGAGGUUCUCCAGAAGAUGAGACGCCAACUCAGACUCCAACGUCGCAAGGCAAAGCAACUGCACAAGGACAACAAGGACAAGGCAUUACGCCCUCGUUACGGUGGAACGGCUUCAAAGAAGAAGGCUUCUACCAACCCCUCAUCACGUCAAUAA